AAGUUGGCGUUGAUUAUCUAACAUGAGUGUUGUCAAGUCGCAAGGCUGCCAACUUGUGGCAAUCUGAAGCGAAAUUGUCCAACACAUGCGUAAACAUAUUGGCGCCGGCAAUUUGUUGCAUCUCUUACAUUAUUAAUAAUAUAAAUCAAAAUGCGAACAGUAACAGAUCCCGAUCACAGCAUAUUGAUGGGCGAAGCCAUCAGUUGCUACGAAAUAUGCGAAAACGACUUUGCCUACAACCUGAUCUGUGUUGCUCAACAAAAACAUCUCUCGUUGAUAUUAAUUAGUUUGCCGGAGGAGAGCGGCGAUUUCGUGUGGAAUCAUUUACAGGACAUGGAGAUACCAGACGAAGACGCCCGCUGUCACAAGAUCGCCUUCUCGCCAGAUACCUCUCUGAACUGCACGCCAAACAAAGUAACCAUUUGCACUUCGAUUGGGAAGUGCGGCAUGACACUUUUCCACACGAACCUAAAUCAGUUUAGCAGCGUGCAAUCCUUGCGAGGACACAGCAAUUAUGUAAACGACAUUGCCUGGGUCUGCGAAGGCGAGCUGCUAGCCUCUGUGAGCGAUGACUUCACCUGCAAGUUUUGGAACGUCACAACGACUUUUGAGAACGUUAUCACCUUCUGCCUGUCAUCGGCGGGCGUAUCAAUUAAAAGCCAUCCAGAGGAUCCCAACAAAGUGCUUGUGGCUGAGAAGCGUGGUAUUAUCCAUUUGUAUAAUGUGCGCAGCAAGCAAACAGUUGUGUCCGUUGAAUCGCCGAAAUUUCCGCUCAUGUCCGCGGAUUGGGCAAACAGUAACAGGCUGUUUGUAACGGCUUUGGCUGGCGGAGAUAUUGUCACUUGGGAUCUGAGCCGUCCAUUUGUCCCAGCCGAUAUAAAGCAGGUGCACGAAGAUGGCGGUCGCAUUGUGCGCUUCGCUCCUGGCAGCACAGAGAUCGCAAUGGCCAGCAUUGGUCGUCCGGAUCUUACUUUGAAAGUUUUUGUGGCAAAGUCAACGGUGCCGCUAAUUGAGUCGCCCCUGAAAACCUAUGGUGGCCUGGCUUGGCACCAUCGCUUGCCAUACAUAAGUGCAGCAUCUGAUAAAAAAUUGUAUUUUUGGAAGGUCCAAAUUAAAUAAUCAGGAAGGGAAUCAUAAUAAAGAA